AUGGCCCUCCUCACCCUCUCAGCCAUUUUUCUCCUGGACCUCCUCACCACAGGUCAGCUCGUAAACCAUACUAUCGACGAUACGCUGGGGGAUGAUCACACUGGAUUCCAAGUAGACUACAGUCCCCUCAUAUGGAAGAACUCUUCUCAGUGCAGUGAUUCCGCAAUCGUGCCUGACCGCUCGAUGGCGAUGAACGAUACAUGGACAGGCGCAACGUACUAUCCCGCACUGAGGAACAUGACGGCCAAGCUGGUCUUUCAUGGGUCAGCGAUAUACGUCUACCUGAUUGUUUCGAACUAUCCGGAGAGUAGUGAUACGAUAUGUGAUUUUCGGAUGGAUGGAGACAUGGUGGGGAGUUAUAGACAUGAUGCAGAUGGGACGUAUGAGUUUCAGUACGGUGUCCUUGCAUAUAGCAACGCGUCUUUGAGCAGCGAUGAUCAUACGUUGCUCAUAGAAACGACGGGGACACAGUCAUCCUAUGUUAUCUUUGAUUAUGCCAUUUACAUGUACGUUGUUGGUUCUUCUAUCUUCCUUGUUAUUGACAUACUUACCUUUGCAGAAACACCCGAGCAUCCAUCCCGUCUCCGAAUCUGA